AUGUCAUUUGCACGAUCUCUCAACAAGGCCCAAGGCUUCCUCAUGCCCUACCGGAGACCAACUUUCGGGCGCACCCUUUCCAACUCUUCGGAGCUAUCCCUCACCUCCAAUACCAGCGGCCGCGAUGAAGAUGUGGCCGGCGAUUCUGUACCGUCCGUGCCAGGCACACCAGUGCUAGCUCCGAUGGAGAGUUCCUACUUUACAAAACGCAAGUACUCAAAAUAUCUUCACUCCAUGACACUACAACAUCUUAUCCUCUUGCACCACAAAGGCAUCACUCAAUACGGCCCCGAGUCUCGUUCUCGCCCUAUCGCCAUCGAAUUACCGAAAUCGAAAAAGUCUGGUACUUCAGUUUACACUCCCACUGAAACGCUUUCUGCUCGCGGCGACCUACCUGGUGGCUAUUUCCCCAUGCACGAGGACCCAAAGUGUCGCAUUCAUCGCCCACAUCCCUUUCACUCGGAAAAUCGUCAAAAGAAUUCGGAAUUCAAAUUCGAUAUGCAAGCCCCAAGAGAGCAACCGGCCUCGAUGGCACCGGCCUGGCAGGGCACUCACACACCCGUGUCGUCGUACAUGCCCUCAGGGAUCCACGAACAUUCGUUACCUGUCGGCAAAUAUUACCCUUCCAACUACGAAAGGCGCACGCGCCAGUUGCAAAACCAAAGGACCUUUGUCUCAGAUUCGGUCACGUCAUAUGCCAAGACGGAUGCCCAAGGUACCACGUACAAGGGCACCGACGACGCACGACAGCGAUUGCAACAGUACCAACGUGACAUGGUCGCACAGGCUUCCAUGGCACUGGGUGGCUCGUACAAGCCAAGCAUGUUGCCCGGAAACGCCGCGGUCCUAAGAAAUCUGCCUGUUCCAGAUGGCCGGUUUGGCCGCCCAUCAACGCCACAGCGACCACUUUCCCCGCACCUCCAACCCAUGGGAAGCCCCGGCCCGGUUACACCAAUGGACCUAGAGGCACAGGAGGAAUACAUCACCAAGGGCCAUGUCGCGGCCAGCACAACUCUGGCUCCCCCUGCAGCCGAGUUCGCACCGCACUCGCUUUGA